ACAAACAGGUCGGACGGAGGAAAAACUGCGAGCCGGUCGGAUGUGGAGGUUGUCACGGCCGCGUCUCACGUCGGUGCUUCAUUUCACUCUUAAUUCAAACUUCUCCAUUCCCUCCGAGCUCGUCGUCUUCGGGACGCGUUGGACUUUCCGCUCCCCUUUGAGUAUGUUGCCGCUUUCUAUUCUGUCAGAGCUUGCGGAGCGAAUAUUGCAUCUGCAGAGGGUUUGUGUUUUUCUCGACGUUUUUUACCGGCUGUAAUUCGACAUUUAUUAUUAUUAUUAUUAUUAUUUUUUUGUGUGUGUGUGGAUGAUUUAAACCCACCCAGCAGGGGUUUAAACCACCGGGCUCUGAACACAGCCCAGACCUGCAGACAUGCACACCAGGCGCCUGGUGAAGCGCUCCAUCCUCGGCAGCCGCGUCUACGCGCCGAGCCCGACGGGGGACGGCCCGGUGACAGGCGUGGGGACGGGGACAGGGGGGGUGCAGGCUGUCACCCAGGACAGCAGGGACACCCCGGGGACAGGGCUGGUGCAGGGUGUCCCCCAGGACAGCAGAGACGGCCCGGGGACCGGGACCGGGACCGGGACCGGGCUGGCCCGCCGCAGCGUGCUGCUGCACGGCGGCAGCCUGAAGGAGCUCGGGCAGGACCAGAUCUCCGCUGCAGGGAAAGCGGCGCUCCGCUCCAGCCUCAAGCAGAUUUCCAGUAACGGCGUCCCAGAGAGCCAGAAGGGGGAGGGCGGCUGCCUGAGCCCAGAGGAGGAGCAGCGGCUGCUGGACGGCAAGCGUGGGAGCCGGGACCUCGAGACUCGAUCCGUGUCCCUGCUGGAGCAGAAACGCAAAGUAGUCUCUUCCAGCAUUGAUGUCCCACACGCCAGGCGGUCGGAGGAGGAAGUGGACAUGGACAAAGUGACGGCCGCCAUGGUGCUGACGAGCCUGUCCACCAGCCCGCUGGUCAGGAGUCCCCCAGUUAAAGUCAGUGAGGGUCUGGGCGGUUCCUGGAUGGACAACGGCUCGGCCGUGCCCUUCACCCCGUCCAGCAACAGCUCCUCGGGGGGCUACUGGAGCUGGUCUGCUCCCAGCGACCAGUCCAACCCCUCCACGCCGUCCCCGCCGCUGUCGGCCGACACCUUCAAGCCCUUCCGCGUGCCCAGCCUGGGCGGCGUGGGCUCCGGCCCCGCGGGACCCGACGACCCCAGUCUGGACGAGCAGGACGGCAGCAGCCUCCUCUUUGACGAGCCCAUCCCUCGCAAGCGCAAGAACUCCAUGAAGGUGAUGUUCAAGUGCCUGUGGAAGAACUGCGGCAAGGUGCUGAGUACCACGGCCGGCAUCCAGAGACACAUCCGCACCAUCCACCUGGGGCGCAACUGUGACUCCGACUGCAGCGACGGCGAGGAAGACUUCUACUACACGGAGAUCAAGCUCAACACGGACUCGGUGGCCGACGGGCUGAGCAGCCUUUCCCCCGUGUCGCCCUCCGUCCUCUCUCCCCCACCUCCCCCCCCGUGCCCCCUGCCCCCCCUCAGCCAGCCGGACUCCCACCGGCCCCUGCAGCCGUCUGAUGCCAGGGAGCCUCACGCCGGCGGGGCCACGCCGCUCAGCCGCUCCGCGCCCAGCGCGCUCUACCUCAUCCACACAGACCACGCCUACCAGGCCACGGCUCCGGUGUGCAUCCCGUCCUGCAACAGCAACACGAGCAGCUCGGCAGCCACCAGCUUCACCCCCACCAACAGCUCCAGCUUCAGCAUCUCCUGGCAGUCGCCUCCUGUCACCUUCACCGGCAGCACGAUGUCCCCCAGUAAAAGCCAGGGAUUCGGCGAGCAGCGGUCCCAGACCAUCGCAGUGCUUUCCUCCCCUCCCAGAGCCACCGCUGCCCUCAGUCGGAAGGUGCGCGGCGAGGGCAAGAAGUGCCGCAAGGUGUACGGGAUGGAGAACCGCGACAUGUGGUGCACGGCCUGCCGCUGGAAGAAGGCCUGCCAGAGAUUCACUGACUGAUCGCACCGAGCAGCGCGACGCCACGCCAUCAGGCCCCAGAGGGAGGAAGGACGGGGCGUCUUUGUGCAUGUAUUUCUUUUUCUACGGCUCCAAAUCGCAACUGUCCGUGGAGCUCUGGCUCUGCCCGUGACCCCACUGACCCACGCCAGCGGCCCAAGCAACGGGGGGGGGGGCGUCAGAGUGGUCGCGUCAUCGCCGUCCAGGAUUUCCACGACGGCCUUGCCAUUCCCUCUUCCCCACUAGUGGGAAGUCCCAGUGCAGCUAAACGGUGUAAAAACAAGAGAUCUAAAGAUUUCUGCAGGUUUUUCAGUUUUUUUAAUGUUUGCUUUCGUGUUGCAUCUUUCUAUGUUUUGUACAGCUCUGGAUUCUAAACGGAAAGUAUCGUCACUAAAGGCAUCUCGAGAGAAAAAAGCCAAGAGAUUUUAUAUAUGCGUUUCAUCCAAAAGAUUAUAAAGAAAGGCUUUCCUUUUUUUUUCAUCAAUAAGAAUAAUGGGCCUAUUUGGUGAAGAACCGGGAGGUUUUUUUUUGUCUGUAUUAUUUUUUCUUUAUUAAUCCGUUUCUGGACAUUUUGAGGCGAUCUGGCGUCCCAGCCUCCGCCGGUCCCCCCGGCGCUCCUCGCUGCCCCGCAGGAACUUUGGACCGGCUGACGGGACAGAGGAACGCCAGGUGAACGAUCAAUGCAAAAAAAAAAAGGACAGACACAGAUGGACCGUAAAGCAUCACGAUGCAGCAGCAUUCACACACAUACACACACACACACACACACACACACACACACACACACACACACACACACACACACACGACAGCUGAUCAACACAUCUGGAUCCAGUUCAUUCAUCUUUAUUUCAGGGAUGAGAUUCUGAAGAAAGCAAAAACCAGCAGCUCAAACCUGGGUUUACUUCCGCAGCGCUAACUCCGCUGCUUCCUGGUUUACAGACGAGAACCCGCUGAAGACUUCCCUGACCGGGAACACUUCGGGGUCACACACAGACGUUAAACAGCCCCCCUCCUCCUCCUCCGGUCAUUUUUACCCCUUUCCAAGGAGAAAAAUGAAAAUCAACUUUCCUGACGAUGAGCUGAAGGAGGAGGGAGGAGGGUUGACAACCAAAACUGCUCCACUGAUCUUGUCAUCUUUGGAAACUGACAUGAUUUCUGUUUCCCACUUUGUCUACUAGGUGUCCAAUUUACCCGACUACUAGAAGAAGUGAGCUAAAAAAAACUAACUGAAAGCUAUAUAUUAACCCCUGAAGAUGUAGCCACGCCUCCUUUUUUGAAGCCUUCUUUAUGAGAGCAGUUCUGGGAGCUUUUUUAUUUUAUUUUUGUCGUCUAAAGUGCACUGCCCGCAUCAUUUACUGGCAACGUGCGAGCAAUGGACCUUCUUAAGAGUCUUUUUUUAACUUUGUUUUGUUUGGUCAUUUGAAUGUGCUCUUUUUAAUCUCAUUCUCUCAAAGGCAGGAUGCAAAAUCACACGUUACAUAUAUAUAUAUAUAUA